AUGCGAAUAUCAACUAUAAACGAUUGGUUUAAAGUUGCUUUUCAGCAAGCAUAUAUUAAGUUUUUUGACUAUGAUUCUUUUGACACCAUAAAAAUAAUUGGUAAGGGAGGAUUUGGCACUAUAUUUAGUGCUUAUUCAAGUGAUACUGAAAAAAUUGUAGCUUUAAAGAGUUUAUAUGCUGAGGGUUCGAUUGAUGAAGGAUUUGUUGGAGAGCGAGAAAUUCCAAUUGAAGAAACACCAAUUGACUUUAUGAAUCUUUAUUGUGAUGCUUGGAAUGUUGACCCAUCACAACGUCCUACCAUUUCUGAAAUCCGUAACAGAAGCUGUUGA